CGCCCUGACGAGUCAUAUUUUCUUCUAAAUGGGUAGCCACAUCCAAACGUCAAUAUGAUGCCACAUUUAUUCCCCGGUUUACCGUAGAUGUCAGACGGCGUCGUUCAAGAAAGGAUUAACGUUUUUGUGACCCAUUAGCGUUAGCAUGACAACAUCUGUGAAUGCGCCGGAGCAGCUUCAGUAAUGAGACCGAAAUUCAGAAAAACAUCAACCUGUAGCUACAGUUUAAAAGUAGCUCAAUCAGAACUCCUCCGAAAGGCAGCGGACCUGGCAACGCUGGUAAAAGAGACCAUAUCAUCUUUACUAUAUCAAUACAAGCCCGAAUCUGAUCCAGAAAAUGCAGAUCAACUUUGCCAGCGCGACUUGAGCAGAACGUAACAGAUCGUUAAGACCGACCCAGCCUUGAUACUCUCCGCCUCUUCAAGGAGGCCUGUUUAUGUCCACAGUGUGAGACCCCUGCAGCAUUUUGCCACUUCCUGCAUCCCUGCUUGGUUCUUCUUGGCCCGGGUUCUGUGGUCAUGUCAAGCCCUAGCAGCAGUCCCGAGAGAGAGGGAGGGGUGGUAACUUCUGUCCAACUUGAGAAUCUCACAUCUCCUGCUGGGUUGGAAACCGACCCUGCAUUUGUCAGCAGUCCAGUUCUCAGUCCAGACUCAAGUUCCCAUGAUGCCGUGCUCUCCGCCCCGGCGGCCUCCCCGGCUGAUUCAGAGAACCUCAGUCCAGAUGAGCUUGAGCUUCUGGCUAAACUGGAGGAGCAGAACAGGCUGUUAGAGGCAGAUUCAAAGUCCAUGCGCUCCAUGAGUGGAUCUCGGAGGAAUAGUGGCUCCUCUCUCGUAUCAAGCUCAUCUGCAUCCUCCAACCUGUCCCAUCUGGAGGAGGACACCUGGAUCUUGUGGGGACGUAUCGUUAAUGAGUGGGACGAGUGGAGGCGAAAGAAGGACAAACUCUUAAAGGAGCUUAUAAGGAAAGGCAUUCCUCAUCAUUUCCGAGCAAUUGUUUGGCAGCUCUUAUGUAAUGCCACUGACAUGCCAGUAAAAAAUCAGUAUUCUGAACUCUUGAAGAUGUCUUCUCCAUGCGAGAAACUCAUACGCAGAGACAUUGCCCGCACGUAUCCCGAACAUGACUUUUUUAAGGGCCAGGACAGUCUGGGACAGGAAGUUCUGUUUAAUGUCAUGAAGGCAUAUUCUCUUGUGGAUCGAGAGGUUGGAUAUUGCCAGGGCAGUGCCUUCAUUGUAGGGUUACUACUAAUGCAGAUGCCAGAGGAGGAGGCUUUCUGUGUGUUUGUUAAACUAAUGCAGGAAUACAGACUUAGGGAGCUGUUUAAGCCCAGCAUGGCUGAGCUGGGUCUGUGCAUCUACCAAUUUGAACAUUUGCUACAGGAGCAGUUGCCAGAGUUGAACGUUCAUUUCCGAUCUCAGAGUUUCCACACAUCUAUGUAUGCUUCAUCCUGGUUCCUAACACUUUUCCUCACUUUCCUGCCCCUGCCGAUAGCUACACGUAUAUUUGACAUCUUUAUGUAUGAGGGUUUGGAGAUUAUAUUUCGAGUUGGAAUAGCGAUAUUACAGUACAACCAGACAGACCUCAUACAGUUAGAUAUGGAGGGAAUGUCACAGCACUUUCAGAAGGUGAUUCCCCACCAGUUCGACAGCUGCCUGGAUAAGCUUGUCCUACGGGCCUAUCAGGUCAAAUACAAUCCCAAGAGAAUGAAAAAAUUAGAAAAGGAGUACACUACCAUCAAGAACAAAGAGAUGGAGGAACAGAUUGAGAUUAAGAGACUGCGUACAGAAAACAGACUAUUGAAACAGAGGAUUGAAACGCUGGAGAAAGGUCAGGUGACACGAGCCCAGGAGGCAGAGGAGAACUAUGUUAUUAAGCGUGAACUGGCCGUGGUUCGGCAGCAGUGUUCUUCUACCAGCGAGAGUCUGGAGAAGGCACAGGACACCAUAAGAGAACUUCAGCAACACAAGUACACAGAGCAGUUUGUAAGUGGACUGCAGACUCAGUUGGAACAGUCUCGGCUGCAGGAGGCAGAACUACUCGGUGCUCUAAAAGAAAUGCAGGACAAAGUUCUCGACCUGGAGAAGAGGAACAACUCUCUGCCGGAUGAAAUUAAUGUAGCUCAGCUUCAGGAUGAGCUGAAGCUUGUGAAACUGAGAGAGCAGGAGACUCUACGCUCCUUCAGAGAGAUGCAGGAGGCCGUUACUGACCUCAACCACUGCUGGCAGCAUCAUACAUCCCGUGCAGGAGGAGGUCAUUGGAAGGAGUCCCCUAAGAAGAAUGCAUUGAAUGAGCUACAGGAUAAACUAAUGGGCAUGAGGCUGCGAGAAGCUCAGACUCAAGCUGAACUUAAAGAGGUCAAACUUAAAAACCUACAGCUGGAAAGCCAGAACCAGAUCAACUGUAAAUUAGUAAGUAGACAUGAACAGGAGUGCGCCGCCCUGCAGGAGAGACUGCAGAAUUCUCUUUCUCACAGCAAAACACUACAAAGCCAAGUCAAUGAAAUGAAGAGAAAGCAGGCCGAGUCUGACUGCAAGAGCAAGGAAGAAGUGAUGGCCGUACGUCUAAGAGAAGCUGACAGUAUGGCAGCAGUGGCUGAACUCCGGCAGAAGAUAGCCGAGCUGGAAAUACAGAAAGAGGAAGGACUGAUCCAAGGCCAGCUGAACCACUCAGACUCUACGCAGUAUAUAACGCAACUCAGACAGCAGAUUGCUGAACUCAAGAACGAGAUCAGGCAGCUACGUGGACAGCCCUCCAAGUUCCAGAAUACCAGUGGUGGCGUUUAUCAGGACCUGUGUUUGGCCAGCCCGGCGUCUGCGGAAGGCGAUUAUCCCAGCUCAGACGAGGACCCACUUCACAGUCACCUGCCUGUGAGUGCCCUGUACACACACCACACGUCAUCUCACCUGGACAGCCAAGGCAGCACGGACAGCGAUGGUGAGGAGCGGAUCUCCCACCAAAAUCCCUGCCCAGACCCUCUGCCCAACCAGCAGCAGCUUUACCCGGGCAUGGUGUGUGCUGAAGGACUGGAAAAUUGAGAUUCAUUAAAAUGGUGGCCGGAAGAAGGAUGUAAACGUACAGAAACAGACAAGAACAGGCCGCACAGUGCACGCAUGCAUAGCGUGCGAGAGAGAAAGAGAGAGAGAUACAUUUACACGAACGCUGUCAGAGGUACGGCAGGAAACUGAUGCAUAGCGCCACACUCAUAGUACCCUCUCAUCUUUCUCUCUCUCUCUUACCUUUGGUUUUCCUUUAUCAGUAUCAUAUAUAUUCAGUAAUGCACGUGUAACAGGGUCUGAAAUUAACUGAUUCAUGUGUGCCAACCAUGUAGGUCGGAGGAAAAUUUACUAUUUAUUACUUAGCAAGAAUUUUUUUUUAAAUAAAGGCCUAUUUAUUAUUUAGUUGCAAUGGGAUUUUAAUUUUUUUUAAUGGCUACUCUAAGCCACAUUUGUGAAGUAUUGUAGGCAACCUACAGUAGAUAAACUUCUGAUGGUACGUUUUUGGACUGAUGUAAAUCUACUUUUAUGUAGUAAACAAUUUCUAUGUCUUUACUAGUCUGACUGACCCUCGCUAAUGCAAGUAACACGUGCAAUUCAAACUAUCUCUGGAUUUAUUAAAAACAUUUUUCAUGUCGGGCUUUUGGCAUUUGUUAAUUUUGGACCCUGUUCAUUUACAUUGCAAACACAGAGGUUAAACUCUGUUUACUUCUCACAGUGCCAAUUUGUUUUUUUUUUACUUUGUUUUAUUCUUUUCAAAGAACUUAUCUAAAAACAUUGUGGCCUUGAAACUACCUCUAAUUUAUCCACACACUCACUUAAAUCCUGUGAGAAGAUGAGUAACUUCGGGAAGCAGGAGAAAGCAGGAUGCACAGUUUCUGGUACCCCUAGUGUGUCAUUGCAACAUCCUAUCUCUGGAUCUGGAUUUUAAGACAUCACUCUCUUUAUCUGUUGUGUCUUCAGAGGCAAACAUCAGAUACGGUGACAUUCUCAGCCUGGAUGGACGUUCUCCGUUUUGUUUUUUGUCUUGUUCUCAUGUGCACUUUUAAGUUUAUUUUUAAACGCAACAAACACUGCAAUCACUUUAAUGAGAGGUGAUGGCUGAAGGAGAGAAAAUGGAAGAGAUAAAGGAACGAUAUGAACAAACUCUUAUUAUAUUACGUAAUAGAGAUGUUAAUAGUUACAUACAUAGAUGAAUAUUACAAUAGCUCAUUCAUGUAUCUGUGUGUGUGUUUUAUACAAAACCAAGAUGAUCAACAUUUUGAAUGACAGAAAACUUGUCUCAACAUUGCCAAAUGUUAUUUUUAGUUAUUUAUGUUUGUUUCGUAUGAAAACUUCGAAUGAAUGAACUUCGGAGGCCAAAAUAUUUAUUUCAUUUUUUUUUUCUUGUGCCAAUUCUGACAAAACAGCACAAAGCUGACGCUACAGGGUCUCCAGAGAAGAGAUUAGUUUUAAGAAGGGUAAAGAAAAGGAAACGACUGCUGCUAUGACAUAUCUAGUUAGUUAGUUAUUAUAUUUUUUUCAAAAGGUUUACAUGGAUAACCUUUCCCCCAUGUUGAGUAUCUAUAUGCUCGAAACAUUUAUUAAAUACUGUGAAUUAUUAUAAACAUGACCCUUAACAGUAAUGAUCUGAUCUCUGCGAUAUUAAUUUUUAUUGCACGGGUCAGUUAUGCCUAAAUGUAUUAGGAAAGAUACUGUAUUUAUCCUGAUUGUUAACUGUUGACAUGCGAUUUGGGGUAAGAGCUGAUCCUGUACUAAAAAAAAUGCUGGGUUAUUUUCAACUCGGCGUUGGGUCAAAAGGGGACAAACCCAGCCGUUUUUUGGGCUGUACAGCAGAACUUUCUUAAAGGGAUAGUUCACCCAAAAAUGAAAAUUUUGUCAUCAUUUACUCGCUCCUGUAUAAUUUUAUAUUUCCCAUGUAUAAAUGUCUUUGUUCUGAUGAAAACAAAGGAAGACAUUUUGAGAAAGGUCUGUAACAAACGCCCCAUACUUUUCUUUUUUCCUACUAUGAAAGUGAAUGGGGCUCAUGAUCAUUUGGUUACAAACAUUUCUCCAAAUAUCUUCCUACGUGUUUAUAAGAACAAAGAAAUUUAGACAGGUUUGUAACAACAUGCGAGUAAGAAAAUUUUCAUUUUUUUAGAACAUUAUAACAAAAUGGCUGCCUGAAAGUUACAUUUUUAACAUUUCUGAAUUCACUCUUGUUUUUUGGUAUCAUUAUUUCUAUUUAAAGAACAAAAGCUUUGGCUUGCUGGUGUAUUUGACUGAACAACAGCAGGUUUACAUACAUAUAACUACUAAACAGAGUUAAAUAAUAGUUAUUAUACAUACACAAAGUAAUAGAGUUUGUAUACAAAUGUUUCAUAAUUGCUAGUUUAUUCUUCUUGAUCACGUCUGGACGUUUUAUUGUAAGAUUACAGGACCGUACCAGUAACACAUGCGUGCGUCGUUGUCAUUGCUUUUUCCCACCACUGCCUCAUGUUUCAAAAGCUCAUCGAUCAUUGAAGUUAUGCGUUUACAUGAUUUCAAAACAUUGCUGACUCUUUCCUCAGAAAAGAGUUGUCGUCUUGAUUCCCACUAGUUAUUAAUAAGAACCAGUUAGAAGCUGUUCACAGUCACAGCUCAGACACUUUUAAAUGUUCAGAGUUUUAAAGAUAAACAUUUACGUGCUGAUUAUCAGAUAAAAAGCCCUUUUAUCAUGUUUAUUGGACAUAUCUGCGUUCGAGUGGUUGUAAAUGCUAGAAGUAGUCGGGGGUUACUGUGUUUUUUUACCGCAGUGCUGUCUUGACUCAGUACUGCAGUACCCAUUUCACUGAUUCUGAUCAUAUCACAUCUCUAAAAAAGUUUUUAACAGCUUGAGAAAACUUAACUGGAAAAUAAACGUCCCCAGUAAUUGGUUUAUUUAUACAUUUCAGGAUCAUUUCGGUUCAAACGAAAGCAUUUGUAGUUUCAGUAGGGCUGUACACUGAUUUAGGACGUGUUUCUGUUGCCCGGUCUGUAACUUUUUUUUUAUCCACAAAACUAUUUCUCAGAGCUAUGUGAAAUACUUCACAACACGAAUUGGUAAAGGAAGUUGUUUUGCGUCUUUGAUUUUCGAGAAGGGCAACUUCUGUGGGUCUCAAUUGUCAAAGGUUUUUGUCUGCAGUGGUUAAAGAAGCACAGUUUUGAUCUUUGUUCCACUUCGAUGAAUCUGGAGGCAAGACACAUUGUUCUUCAAAUGCUCAAAACAAACACUAGUUUAGUAAAAUAUUGAAAAUUGUUCAAGCCUUGCACUUAAAAAUGAUAACCUUUUAGGCCAAGCUGUUGUUUUACCAACAUUGUAGUUCAGAGCUGUUGGAUUUCGAAUUGUCAAAGGAAACUGUGCUCAUAACUUGAUUACUUCACAUGCAACGGUUUUGUGGUGUGAGUUUUAUCUUCUAAAGAAUAUUUACUUAAUAGGAACUCAGAAAAGCCUGUUUUGAAAUUAACUUUGAAUGUGAGUUUGGCAAUUUUUCUUUUUAGCUGAUUUUUUUUUACUUUAUGAAGUUGUUUGACUAAGAACAAAAUGUAUUUUUAAAGAGGGGUGUCUGAUAUGGUCAAACACAUUUCUGUCUCAUAGUGAGGUCCAAUUUGAGCACUAUUAAUAAAUACUGAAUAUUUAUAACCAGUGAAGGACUAAGUAAAAAUAAUGCUAUUAUAGUAACAGUAAUGCAAAUUCUUAUUACAAGUCUAUCGCGUUUUCCAGCCCAUUCAUUAUUAACAUCUCAGAAAUGCUGUCAGUGUUGGAGUUAAACUGAAUACUUUUUAUAUACUGUCAUGAGUCUUACGUGCACACUUUGUUUUAUUUUUCCAUUUUAUUUUUUUAUAAAACCCUACUGGGUUUGAUGGUAGAUGUGAAUCUACCCUGGUGCCAUUAGAAAUGUGUUCACAAAAACGUCAAUACAGAAAAUACCUAUCAGAGUUUGUGUUUGUGUCUGUGAAUCUGACAUUUUCCUACGGAUCAAAGUCACUUUGAUCAAAAUAGCAUAAUAUCAUGCUGUAUCAGAAUAUGUUUCAAUGUUAAAAAUUGUAGUGUACUUAACCAUUAAAGCCAGAUUUUUCCCUUUGUUGGAUUGAUGCAUUAAAUUGGGGAACGUUUUUGUUUUACACGCAUGUGCACACUACAGUAUGGACUUUGUGUAUGCAUUGUGUGUGUAUACAAAAAAAGUUUAAAUGUAAAAUGACAGUGGGCUAUAUUUAACAACAUGUUAAAGACCGGAAGUCAACACGCCAAACCUAACAACAGAGGUCAAGAUACUCAUCACAUUACGCUUGCGAGUGUGGCCAUUUUAAAAUGAAUAGCCAGCAAGAGCGUACGUGAAUGCAGGAGCCCCAUGUAGAGCCCAACAGCUGCCUUACCUCCUUUAACCAGUACUAAACAAACGUCCCACAUCCCCAUUACACCACAUGUACUCUGUCCUACAAUCUUACCGAUGUGUUAUUAAGAACGACAGUACUAAAGAUUAUAUAAACGGCAAUGUUAUCAAACGAUGAUCCUGUGUUCUGUAUUUGAUGAUAAAAUGUAUUUAAAAAGAAGAAUAAACAUUUAUGCUCUUCA